GCACACUUUCAAUUGACUAUCCUACCACCAAGCCGGCCUCGUAAGUGGUGAGUGUGGAUAGUGCAAGUCUGAAGAAUGGGGACGUUUAGUGAUUUUAACAUAAAGUUUAAUGCUUUAAAUGAAAAUGCUAGUUUCUCAAGUGGGGAUUGUAUGACCGGUGAAAUAUCCUUCGUACUUUCGAGGAUAACAAAAAUUCGGUCUAUGGAAAUAUCCCUAAAUGGGAAAGCCCAUGUUUUUUGGAGAACAUGUACGGGGAGCCUUCGGAGGCGCAGGAUAAAAAAACAUUCAGCAGAUAAGGAUUUAUUCAAUUUCAGAGAGGUGGUGUUGGAGGAGAACACUGCAAUUGGCCCCACAAUACUUCAACCAGGAGCCCAUGUGUACCCCUUCACAUGCCAUUUACCAGAAGGCAAUUUCCCCUCCACAUUCCAUGGGGUCCAUGGACGUGUGGUCUACUCCCUAAAGGUUGAGAUACGACGACCAUGGCAUCUUGUCAAGGAGUUUCAGGUGGAAUUUAACUAUGCAAAUCACAUUGAUGCCAACCAGCCAAAGCUUCUGGCACCUCUGUCAGGCUCAGUAGAGAAGAUGGUGUGCUGUCUAUGGUGUACCUCUGGCCCAGUCGAAAUGACUGUGCGCAUUGACAGGGACGGCUUUGUCCCAGGGGAAACCAUUACCAUCAUGUGUGAGUUUAGCAACGCUUCAACAAGAGAUGCCACACCAACUGCAUCACUUACCCAGCACCAGAAGUAUUCCACUUUGACUCGAUCCAAAAAGAAAAUAGAUCUCAAAACUCUGGAUUCAGUAACAGGAAAGCCUGUGAAGAGUGGGACCCUGCAGGCCUACAGUGAAAUGUCGCUGACCAUCCCUGAUACAUCUCUCUCCAUCUCCAACUGUUCCAUCAUUGAGGUGGUUUACACUGUGUUGGUGACUCUGUCUAUCGACUGGUCCACUGACAUCUCGGUCACUCUUCCCAUCGUGAUGUGCGAUCUUCCUGUUCACACGUCACCAGACACUAUUGUUGAUCAAAACUAGAGAACCUUGACUCAUUUUGAUGUUUUUAAUUGUAAGAUGUGUGUGUGUGAGAGAGUAGGAGAUUGACCAGAAAGCUGGUGCAGAUUCCCCAUCUUUUUCUCCCUACCAGUAUUAGUUUAGCAGUGUAGUCAUUACUACCUAUUGGUGCUAAUUAAGAAUAAUCAAAAAGUUCCAAAUGGCUUAUAUAUCCCGAGAUGAUAUGCUGUCACAUUAUCCAUUAUUUAUGUCAGAUGGUUGUAUUUUAGAGU